GACACAUUCUUAAAUAGUGCUUGCUGCAGAAUCAUCUUUGGUAUUCUCCUGAGCAAGCAGUAUCUCCUAUUUUUAAGGAAAUUCCCACACAUGAAUAACAAGGCUUCCAAGAGUGUCUGUCCAUCAACAAGCUCCUGUUCUGAGAUGUCUGGAGAAGACCCAAACACAAGCACGCCGGGGACUCCCCGUGAUCAAAGCGAAACAGGUUUUUCUUCCCCCAAUCCCUCAGCUGCUGCUGCUGCUCAGGAGGUCAGAUCUGCCACUGAUGGUAAUACCAGCACCACUCCGCCCACCUCUGCUAAGAAGAGAAAGUUAAACAGCAGUAGCAGCAGUAACAGUAGUAACGAGAGAGAAGACUUUGAUUCCGCCUCUUCCUCUCCUCCUUUACAACCCAGGGAUUCGGCAUCCCCUUCAACCUCGUCCUUCUGCCUGGGGGUUUCAGUGGCUGCUUCCAGCCACGUACCGGUACAGAAGAAGCUGCGUUUUGACGACAACCUGGAGUUUGUAGGGUUUGAUGCGAAGAUGGCUGAGGAAUCCUCCUCCUCCUCCUCCUCCUCUUCACCAACUGCUGCAACAUCUCAGCAGCAGCAACUUAAAAAUAAGAGUAUAUUAAUCUCUUCUGUGGCUUCGGUGCAUCACGCAAACGGCCUAGCCAAAUCUACCACCGCCUCUAGCUUUGCUAACAGCAAGCCUGGCUCUGCUAAGAAGUUAGUGAUCAAGAACUUUAAAGAUAAGCCUAAAUUACCAGAAAACUACACAGAUGAAACAUGGCAGAAACUGAAAGAAGCAGUGGAAGCUAUCCAGAAUAGUACUUCGAUUAAGUACAAUUUAGAAGAACUCUAUCAGGCUGUAGAAAACCUCUGUUCUUACAAGAUUUCUGCAAACUUGUACAAACAGCUGAGACAGAUUUGUGAAGAUCACAUCAAAGCACAAAUUCAUCAGUUCAGAGAGGAUUCAUUGGAUAGUGUUCUUUUUCUAAAGAAGAUCGAUAGAUGCUGGCAAAACCAUUGCAGACAAAUGAUCAUGAUCAGGAGCAUUUUUUUGUUUCUGGAUAGAACUUAUGUUCUUCAGAAUUCAAUGCUACCAUCUAUAUGGGACAUGGGACUGGAGUUGUUUAGGGCUCAUAUUAUAAGUGACCAGAAAGUCCAGAAUAAGACAAUUGAUGGCAUUCUUCUCUUGAUUGAGAGAGAAAGGAAUGGUGAAGCUAUUGACAGAAGUUUACUCCGAAGCCUUUUAAGCAUGCUCUCUGAUUUGCAAAUUUAUCAGGAUUCUUUUGAACAACGAUUUUUGGAAGAAACUAACCGCCUCUAUGCAGCCGAAGGCCAAAAAUUAAUGCAGGAAAGAGAGGUUCCUGAAUAUCUUCAUCAUGUUAACAAACGUCUAGAAGAAGAAGCAGACAGACUUAUUACUUACUUAGAUCAGACCACCCAGAAGUCAUUAAUUGCUACUGUAGAAAAACAACUUCUAGGUGAACACUUAACAGCAAUUCUUCAAAAAGGUUUAAAUAACCUCCUUGAUGAAAACCGAAUUCAAGAUUUAUCUCUCCUGUAUCAGCUCUUCAGUAGAGUUCGAGGUGGUGUUCAGGUUCUAUUGCAACAGUGGAUCGAAUACAUUAAGGCAUUUGGCAGCACUAUUGUAAUUAAUCCUGAAAAAGAUAAAACUAUGGUUCAAGAAUUGCUGGAUUUUAAAGAUAAGGUUGACCAUAUAAUUGAUAUCUGUUUUCUGAAGAAUGAAAAAUUUAUCAACGCCAUGAAAGAAGCAUUUGAAACCUUCAUUAACAAAAGACCAAACAAACCUGCUGAACUUAUAGCUAAGUAUGUAGAUUCGAAGCUCCGCGCAGGCAACAAAGAGGCAACAGAUGAAGAACUUGAAAAAAUGUUAGAUAAAAUUAUGAUCAUAUUUAGAUUUAUCUAUGGUAAGGAUGUUUUUGAGGCCUUCUAUAAGAAAGAUUUAGCCAAGCGCCUGUUAGUUGGGAAGAGUGCAUCUGUAGAUGCUGAAAAAUCAAUGCUGUCCAAACUUAAACAUGAAUGUGGAGCUGCUUUCACCAGCAAACUUGAAGGAAUGUUUAAAGACAUGGAACUUUCUAAAGACAUCAUGAUUCAGUUCAAACAGGUAAAAUAUAUGCAGAACCAGAAUGUACCUGGGAAUAUUGAAUUAACUGUGAAUAUCCUGACGAUGGGUUAUUGGCCAACAUACGUGCCUAUGGAAGUCCAUUUACCACCAGAGAUGGUAAAACUUCAGGAAAUUUUCAAGACAUUUUACCUAGGCAAACAUAGUGGCAGGAAACUUCAGUGGCAGUCGACUCUAGGACACUGUGUACUAAAGGCAGAAUUUAAAGAGGGUAAAAAAGAACUCCAGGUCUCUCUCUUUCAAACACUGGUGCUGCUAAUGUUUAAUGAGGGAGAGGAGUUCAGUUUAGAAGAGAUCAAGCAGGCUACCGGAAUAGAGGAUGGAGAAUUACGGAGAACACUGCAGUCGUUGGCCUGUGGCAAAGCUAGAGUUCUGGCGAAAAAUCCAAAGGGCAAAGAUAUCGAAGAUGGUGACAAAUUCAUUUGUAAUGAUGAUUUCAAACACAAACUUUUCAGGAUAAAGAUCAAUCAAAUUCAGAUGAAAGAAACGGUUGAGGAACAAGCAAGCACUACAGAAAGAGUAUUUCAAGACAGACAGUAUCAAAUUGAUGCUGCAAUUGUUCGAAUUAUGAAGAUGAGAAAGACACUUAGCCACAAUCUCCUUGUUUCAGAAGUGUACAACCAGUUGAAAUUUCCAGUAAAGCCUGCUGACCUUAAGAAGAGAAUAGAAUCGUUAAUUGACCGGGACUACAUGGAAAGAGAUAAAGAAAAUCCCAACCAGUACAACUACAUUGCGUAAAAUGUUGGCCUUGGAGCAUUGAUGUAAUAAGCAGUAGCCAGUGGAUAAACUAACCUGUUGAUCCUCUAUUGUCUGACUUCUUUUAUACUACCGAUGACCAAAUGAAGCAGUGUAAUGGAAAUAGUUGAGUGGACUUUUCCAGUGGUUAACAUGCCCAUUUAAAGAGUAAUACUUACCUUUAAGAAGAAUGUUGUUGAACUCUUUGCAUGUUAUUUAGUAUGAUGUGCAGAAAACUCUUAAGAAAGUACCUGGUCUUCAUGAUUCCUCUUUGGAACUGGGGAAGAGGUCCCUAUGGCUAUUAAAAAAGGAGGGGGGAUUCUUAUACACCAUUAAUUAUGAAGCAAAAGGUUUAUUUGCUUAAAAUGUCAUUUAAAGAUACUUAAACUGCAUGCAAACUUUAUUUACUGUACAGAGUUCUGGAUGUAUUUAUCAAAUAGAAAAACCACCCUGGACUUGGUUGUUCACUUGUUUUGUGAUUUCCCUUGAAAAGAAAAAUAAGUUGUGAUAGCUAUUGAUAUUUUACUAAGUAAUGUUCUGUUACACUGAAAGGGAUCUUUUAAAAAAACUUAUUUGGAAACAAGUUUUCAAGUAGAGGGACAGUUGCUUACAUAAUCUCUUAUAUAUACACAUCCUAAAAUUUUCCAUUUAUGACUCUGGGAUGUGUAUAUGGCUUAGCCCUGAGUUUACCGUGCUGAUUAACAGGUACUUAUAAAAAUAGCUGAAAUAGAAAAUUGCUGAUCAGUUGUACUAGAAGAACAUGGUAGGAGAGAAAAAUCCAACUUCCUUCAUAUUAAAAAUGAAUACAAUACGAACAUCGCAAAAGAGACCAAAACCGACGUUUUGUAAAUUUUUACAGGAACAAAAGUUCAUCAAUUAGUUUUCAACUUCCUUUAAUGUUGUUUGCACAGUUUUGUCUUUAACUUGGACCAAUUGUAGAUUGUUACAGGCGUCCUAGGAUUUAGCAUUCCUAUUUUCUCUACCAAAGUUUAUUUUGGAAGCACCCCAACUCUUUUGUUGGUGAAUGAGCCUUUCCUGUUCAGAUGUAAAAGUCCUUCCUGGUUUUCCCCACACACCCCCUAGCUGGGAAUUUUGAAUUCUGUUUCAUGCUGAUCUCAUUCCUUUCAAAAUUGCUUAAAGACAAGAGUUCUCAUAGCCACUGGACACCUGCUUUUUAGGGGAGUGUCCUAGAAUUGUUCAUACAUAGAAAAUAGCAAAAGUUUUUUUCUUCAAAUUAAUAAU